AUGGACGAAGAGACAGAGCAAAUUCUUACUGUUCAGGCAACUGUCUCCAAGCUAUCUGAGCACUGCUUCAAAACAUGUGAUCUAGACUUAUACGCCUUGCAUAUAGCUGAUAGCCAAAAAGUUUGCAUAAAAUCUUGUGUCGAGCAAGCUUUCCAAGCAAAAAAUUACAUAUUUGAAAGAUGAAAGAAAGAGUUCCCUCAGGCUAAGAAGCACAAUCGUUCCCUUGAAUAUUCCAGCACUAGUGAUCUUGCAUUAUAG